AUGUUAAGUCGACUGGAUGGACCAAAAUUAAAUAACUCCAUUCUAUGCACACCGAUGGAGAAUUGUGAUAGCUGCCUUGCAAAUUCAAAUAUUGUGAAAUGCAGGAAGAAAGAAAGAAAGAAAGAAAGGACUAUUCAACAUGGAAACAAGUUGAAAAAAGGCCAAGUAUAUAUUCACAAACUAGAAGUGAGUUCACUUCAAGACGUUAAUGAUGUUCAUUGUUAA